AUGGCACCAGUUACUCCCACUUCCUCCUCCUCCUCCACGGGGACGGGAAUCCCGGAAGCUCAUCUGGCACUCUUGAAGGAUAAUGUUGAUGAUAGCCUCAUGACCGACUUCGCCACGGCGCCCUUGUUCACAGAGAAUGUACGCCUAGCCGUUGAUUAUGAAUCAUCUGGCCCUGACGACGAGCCAAUCUUCUCUCAGUACGGGUUGCUUGGCGGUGAUGUUACCGCUGGAAAGCUCGACCGCCUUCGAACCGGAGGUCUGGAUCCCCGCGUGUUCUACAAUACUGCAGCGCCCUCCAGUACUUUCAUCUGUGGCAGCCAAGGCUCCGGAAAGAGCCACACGCUGUCUGUCCUGUUGGAGAACUCGCUUGCCAAAUCUGUCGCCAAUGUGCUGCCGCGACCUUUGACCGGCCUGCUCUUCCACCGGGAUAGCUUCGUGUCUGAGACGGCCGGCGCACCAUGCGAGGCCGCGUACCUGUCGUCCAACCCUGCUAUCAGCGUCCGGGUUCUGUGUGCACCGUCGAAUAUUAUGAAUAUCCGCCGGAUCUACAGCAACCUCCCCAACGUCACCGUGGAGGAGCUUCGUAUCAACCAGUCUGAUCUGAACACGGACCGCAUGCUGGGUCUCAUGGCCGUUCACACGGGAAAGGACGGAGGAAUGCCUCUGUACCUGUAUGUGCUGAACCGAAUUCUCCGAGACUUGCGCAUUGAGCAGCAGCGAAGCGGACUGGCAUUCAACUAUGGCAAGUUCAAGGCCACCAUUGCCAAGGAGGCCAUGCUCGACAGCCAAUUGCUCCCACUUCAGCAGAGACUGGAGACACUGGAAAGCUUCAUGGUUAAGGAUCAGGCGCCACAAUACAAGCUUGGUAUGAAGAAAAAACAGUCCCAGAAGCAAUCACACAAGUCACAACAGUCGUCCGUGGAUGGGGAAGAUGUCGCAAAAGGCAACAUCUGGUUUCCCAAGCCGGGCCAACUGACGAUUGUCGACCUCUCCUGCCCCUGUAUCACGGCCGAACUCGCCUGCUCCCUCUUUGGGAUCUGUCUUAGUCUGUUUCUCGAGCAAUCUCUGGACAUCGGUCGGAUUGUCGCUCUGGACGAAGCACACAAGUUCAUGAAUGACAGCGCAGAAUGUGCGUCCCUCACGGAGGGACUCUUGCGCACGAUUCGCGAGCAGCGGCACUUGGCCGCCCGGGUCAUCAUAUCCACACAGGAACCGACCAUUUCGACCAAGCUACUGGAUCUUUGCUCGAUGACCAUCGUCCAUCGGUUCACGUCCCCAGAGUGGCUCCUCGCCCUCAAGAAGCAUCUCGCGGGCGCAUCGAAGCACACCAAGGCCGACGCGGACGGCCUCUCGGAAGCAACUUGGUCCGAAGACGCGGUAGUUCGCCCCUUGGUUCUGAAGGGAGACGACUACAUGUCUGCUUUGUUUUCCCAGAUCGUCAAACUUCGAACUGGCGAGGCUCUCGUCUUUGCGCCCAGCGCUGUCAUCGAUGUCGACUAUAAUGCCUGCGACGAGACAGUGGACGAUGAGGUUGUCAAUGAGGACAGCCAGGAAGUGCUCGAACCUGCUGACGAUACCGGAGCCAAGAUUUAUGCGGAAUCUGACAUCGCCUCCAGCCCCAAGAGCAGUGCUGGAGAUGAUGCUGAAUCUGCGGCGGAUGAUGUGUACGACAGUGACGAGUCCGAGUACUUUCCAAGUCCCAAGAAACUCGGAGAUGGUGUUCUGAAGCUGCGUAUCCGCAUGCGGGUGACAGCCGACGGCGGAAGAAGCGUCAUGGCUCACUGA